AUGUUAUCUACAUCCUCACAACAACAACAUCAUCUUUUUUCUAGUUAUCGUGCACUAGGUUUAGUUACUAAUCAUGUCCCAUGUAUAUUACGUAUACAUCAACGUCAUUCAUCUCAUUUACUUUUAACAGCUAUAGGCAAAGUAUUUCAUGCUUAUCGUCUUAAUACUCUUCAAGUAUUACUUGUUAGUGAUGCUCAUCCAGAUGAUAUUCAAGUACUUGCAUCAAAUAGUCGUUUAGUAUUUGUUGCUGUUGGCUCAACAAUAUAUAUUUAUCGUCGUAUAUUUCAUUUAUAUCAAACUUUAACUGAUCAUAAAGGUGAUAUUCAACAUUUAUUACCAUUUGGUGAUGAGCAUAUAAUUAGUGUUGAUGAAUCAAAUACAUUACGUAUAUGGGAUAUUCAAUCAGCAAGUAUUUAUCUAUCACUUGAAUUUAAUACACAAAAUUUUCAUAUAACAAGUUUACUUCAUCCGGCUACAUAUGUUAAUAAAUUACUUAUAGCAUCACGUCAAGGUACAAUGCAAUUAUGGAAUAUAAAAUCAAAUAAAUUAUUACAUGAAUUUUUUUCUAAUGAUACAAAUAGAAAUUCUAUAACAAUAUUAACACAAUCAACUGUUGUUGAUGUUAUAGCUAUUGGUUAUAAUAAUGGACAAAUAUGUCUACAUAAUCUUCGUUAUGAUGAAACACUUGUUACAUUUACACAAGAUUUUAAUGGACCAAUAACAUCAAUUGCAUUUCGUCUUGAUAAUAUACCACAUAUGGCAACAGGUUCAUCAACAGGACAUAUUUGUAUAUGGAAUUUAGAUACAUGUCAUUUAAUAAGUCAAGUACGACAUGCACAUAAACAAUGUUCAAUAGCUGCACUUCAUUAUAUACCAGGUGAACCAUUAUUAAUAUCAAAUGGUAAUGAUAAUGCUUUACGUGAAUGGAUAUUUGAUAUGCCUGAUGGACAAUCAUGUCGAUUAUAUCGUGAACGUUGUGGACAUUCAAAAUCACCACGUUGUGUUCGUUUUCAUGAUAAUGAUAUAGUUAUUUCGGCGGGUAAUGAUGGACGUUUACGAACAUUUCAUACAAUACUUGAUAAUCUUUCACGAUGUUUUGGUCGUACAACACGUUAUAAAUGGGAAAUGGAAUUAAAUGAAGAUGAUGAUAAUAAUGAUGAUAAUGAAGAUUCUGAACAACCAUUACCUAUUGUUGAUUUACAUUGUGAAACUAUUAAAGAAAAUGAUUGGGAUGGUAUUAUUGCUGUACAUGAAAAACGACGACGUGUAUCAGCUUGGAAUUAUGUUCGUGCUACACGUAGUCAACAUCGUUUUGAACAUGAAAGAUUUGCAACUAAAGUUUAUCAUAAUGUAGAAGUUAUUGCAACUUGUUGUGAUAUAAGUCCAUGUGGAAAUUUUUGUGUUAUUGGAUAUUCAACUGGACAUAUUGAUAUGUUUAAUAUGCAAUCGGGACUUCAUCGUGGAUCAUUUGAUGAUGGUGCAAUAAAAUAUUCGUCAAAAAAUCCUCAUAAACGUUUAAAAUCGUCACCAUAUGCUACAGCACAUUCAUAUCCUUUAUGUGGUGUAUCAUUUGAUUCACUUAACACUCGUCUUAUAUCAUGUGAUAUAAAUGGAUAUAUGAAAUUAUGGCGUUUAAAAACAAAAACUCUUCUAUCAUCAACAUCAAUUAUUAAUGAUGAUAAUGCAAAUUCAAAUAUUCAAAUAACUAAAAUGAUUGUACAUCGUGAUAGUGGUCUUAUUUCACUUGCAUUUAAUGAUUAUACAAUAAAAAUUUAUGAUUAUGAUACAAUGAUUUCUAAAUGUAUACGUACAUUUAAAACUAAUACUCAUACAAAUGAAAUAACAUCAUUAACAUUUAUGCCUGAUGCACGAUGGUUAUUAACAACAUCAUUAGAUAAAACAAUGCGUAUAUGGGAUAUACCAAGUGGACAAUUAAUUGAUACUAUGGAAUUUGAUGAAGCAAUAAUAACAUUAGCUGUUAGUCCAAAUGGUGAUAUGUUAGCAACAGGACAUACAGAUGCAUUAGGUGUUUAUUUAUGGUCAAAUCGAACAAUGUAUGAUAAUUCAAUAAUAAAAUCAACAAAUGAUAUUGAUAAUCAACAAUUAUUAGUUGGUGAUUUUCAAUCACCAGAACAAAUAUCAAAAAAUUUAAUAACACUUUCAUCAUUACCAGAAUCAAAAUGGAAAAAUUUACUUGUACUUGAUACAAUACGACAACGAAAUAAACCCAAACAACCAAUAAAUAUACCUAAACAAGCACCAUUUUUUUUACCAACUGUAUCAAAUUUACGUGGAUUUGUUUUUAUUAAUCCUGAUAAUGAAAAUGAUAUAAAAAAUAAAGAUAAAAAACAAACACAUAUUCAUCAAACACAACAAUUUCUUUAUGAAUCAUCAUUAACAAAUUUACUUGAUCAUCAAAAAUCUAAUUCAUCAUUAUCAAAUGAUGUUAUUAAUCUUUUAAAAGAUCUUGGUAUGGCUAAAAUUGAAUAUGAAUUAAGAUGUUUAUCACCUGAACAAGGUGGUUCAUUAGAACGUAUGUUCAUAUUUAUUGAUAUACUUAAUCAAGCAUUUGAUAAUAAACAAAAUUAUGAUUUAAUUAGUUCAUAUUUAGCACUUUUUAUACAAUUACAUGGUACAAGUCUCAUGUGGAAAAAUGAUGAAUUAAUAGAAAAAAUUCGAAAUAUUCAAUUAAAACAAAAAGAAACAUGGCUUAAUAUACAACGACAAUUGAAUACAUCAAUUGCACUUGUUAAGUAUAUUAGAAGUGUUACUACUAUUUAA